AUGACGUCCACCGCGGAUGGCGCUCAGGGGCCGCGCCCACUGUCAGGCUCAAGUCUGCCUGGCAACGUCCAGUGCAACGAGGAAUUCCCCGAGUUUUGUUUACACGACCACUCGGCUGGCAACCAGUCCACCGCCGGAAGCCACACUUCUACAUCUUCUCCAGCCUCCACCACCCCGACCACACCGACCAACACCGAGCAUUCGCAUUCGUCCCCAGACAAGUCCUCCCCCAUAUCGCGUGUCCGCACACACAGCACCGCCAGCAGCUCCCCGAGCCCGCGAACCAGACGAGACAAAAAGGAGUUGCACGCACAGCGGCUGCAGAGAUCGGGCAGCAGCAGUGUCGCCUUAGCACGCAAGGAGAGCACCUCAAAGAAGAACCGAUUCCGAUCUGCCACCGGAUCCUCGCCCGCCGACGCUCUCGCCGCCGUUGAGCCGCCGCAUGACCAGGGCUUGACGAGGAUGGCGUUUGCUGAACAGCAGAAAUGGAUCACGGUCCAGCAGAAGACCUUUACCAAAUGGCUGAACACCAAGUUGGAGGCUCGUUCACUCGAAGUCAAGGAUCUCGUGCUUGAUCUAAGCGAUGGUGUUAUCCUCAUCCACCUGUUAGAAUGCCUCUCCAACGACACCCUCGGACGCUACGCGGCCAAGCCGAAGCUUCGCGUGCAACGAUUCGAAAAUGUCAACACCGGUCUGGACUUCAUUAAGUCCAGGGGCAUCCAGAUGACCAACAUUGGUGCCGAAGAUGUCGUUGACGGGAACCGGAAGAUCAUUCUCGGUCUGAUUUGGACGCUCAUUCUUCGAUUUACGAUCAGUGAUAUCAACGAGGAGGGUAUGACAGCCAAGGAGGGUCUUCUGCUGUGGUGUCAAAGAAAGACGGCGUGCUACGAUGAGGUGGAGGUUCGUGACUUCAGCGGCAGCUGGAACGACGGUCUCGCCUUUUGUGCCCUGCUCGACAUCCACAGGCCAGAUUUGAUUGACUACGACGCAUUGGACAAGUCAGACCACCGUGGGAACAUGCAGAUGGCUUUCGAUAUUGCGCACAAGGAGAUCGGUAUUCCUAAGCUGUUGGAUGUCGAGGACGUGUGCGAUGUCGCCAAGCCUGAUGAGAGGUCGCUCAUGACGUAUAUCGCGUACUGGUUCCACGCCUUCUCUCAGAUGGAGAAGGUCGAAAAUGCAGGACGUCGCGUGGAGAAGUUCGUGAACAACAUGGCUGGUGCUUGGGAGAUGCAGAGCGCGUACGAGAGGCGGAUGAGGGAGUUGCUGAGGCAGAUCAGAGAGCAGGGUGAGAAGUGGCAGCAGGCGACGUUCCAAGGGACUUACGCCGACGCCAAGGCUCAAGCCAACGAGUUUGCCGCGUUCAAGAGGGGGAAGAAGAGGGACUGGGUCGCGGAGAAGAGUGAGCUCGCGACUUUGUUGGGCAAUAUCAAGACGAAAUUGGGCACAUACAGGCUGCGGCCGUAUGACCCUCCACCAGAGUUGUCGCUGGAGACGAUGGAGAAGGAGUGGACCGGCUUGGCGCAGACGGAAAUGAAGAGAGCGCAGCUGAUCAACGAGACCAUCAGAGACAUCAAGAACGCGCUCCGCAAAUCCUUCGCCGACAAGGCCAACGACUUCGCCAUGGCGCUGAACACGAUGCAACUGGCGAUCUCGGGCCUGGACGGCGAUGUCGAGGACCAACUCCACCACGUUCGCAAGCUCAGUGAUAACCUUCCUCCUCUAGACAAGUACCUUGAGACAAUCGCCGCCGUGGACGCCAAGUGCCAAGAGGCCAACAUCGAGGAGAACGACUUCACAACCUACACUUACGACGAACUGGUCUACGAACAUGGGCUGGUCAAGUCAUCAGUGCAGAAGAAGCUCGCUUUCCUCGACAACCAGAUGGUAGCUCGCAACAUGACAAACCUUACCCCCAUCCAACUGGAGGAGUUCGAGUCCGUCUUCCGCCACUUCGACCGCGAUGACACCAACUCCCUGCAGGAACUCGAAUUCAGCGCCGCUCUCGCCUCCCUCGGCCUCGUCUUCUCCGAGGACGAGAUGCACGACUACUUUAUGGACACCUCAAAGGGCCGCGACCACGUCACCUUUGAACAGUUCAUCCGCUUCAUGGUCGACGUCACCGAGGACCAGAACACCGCCGAGCAGGUCUUCCAGUCCUUCCGCGAGGUCGCGGACGGCAAGCCCUACGUCACGGAGAUGGACCUGCGCCACUCCCUCGUGCCGGACGAGGUCAUUGAUAAGCUCAUUGAAAUCAUCCCCGCGCACAACGGACCCGACACCUCGGAGGACCGCGGCAUGCCCCAGUACGACUACAUCGCCUUCAUGGAGAAGCUCAUCAGCGACGAGAAGGAGGCCGGCACCGUGCCCAGCGGCGUGCUCCAGGAGCGCACGAACCGCGCGAGCGCUGUGCCGCCCAAGGACUCCAAGUUGAAUGGUAACCACUAG